AUUGAGAGUCUGGCGGCGCCGGGCAACUGGGGCCCGGCUGUGCGCAGCGACCGGCGCGCUCCGCGAGGGGACGCGGCGCGCCGAGGGCCGGUCGCGGGUUCCAGCCAGACGGUCCCUAAACGGUCCCCCGGCUCCAAUUUCAGACGGAAGGGUUGGACUACACAGCGUUCUGAGGGGGUCCGGAAGUUCGGACAUGGUUACUGAAGGAGGGUGACGUGGUCAGAUAAGGAGCCAGGGGGCAAAGAGAAGAGGCUAAGAGCGCCAGCGUCGCGAGCGGAGCUGGGAGGCGCGUGCAGCGCCAGCCGAGGAGGAGGAUCCCCGAGCCCAAGGUCCUGACAUGGAGCUGCGCUCCGAGUUGCCCAACGUGCCCGGCGCGGCGACGGCAGCGACGACAGCGACGGGGCCGCCCGUGGCAUCUGUGGCGUCGGUGGCGGCAGCGGCGGCGGCGGCCGCUUCGCUACCGGUAAGCGUGGCCGGAGGCUUGCUACGGGCGCCUCCGCUGUUGUUGCGGGCUGCGGAGAAGUACCCGCGGACACCUAAGUGCGCGCGCUGCCGCAACCACGGCGUGGUGUCUGCACUCAAGGGCCACAAGCGCUACUGCCGGUGGAAGGACUGUCUGUGCGCCAAGUGCACGCUCAUCGCCGAGCGCCAGCGCGUCAUGGCAGCGCAGGUGGCGCUGCGCAGGCAACAGGCGCAGGAAGAGAACGAGGCGCGCGAGCUACAGCUGCUCUACGGCACAGCCGAGGGCCUGGCACUGGCUGCUGCCAACGGCAUCAUCCCGCCGCGACCCGCCUACGAGGUCUUCGGUUCCGUGUGCGCCGCCGACGGCGGGGGGCCGGGAGCCGGAGCGCCCGCGGGCACCGGAGGCGGCACAGCGGGCGCCGGGAGCUCAGAGGCCAAGUUACAGAAGUUUGACCUGUUCCCCAAGGCGCUGCUUCAAGCAGGCCGUCCAGGCAGCCCGCCGCCGCCACCCGGGAAGCCCUUAUCACCCGACGGCGCAGACUCGGGUCCCGGGACAUCAUCCCCGGAGGUGCGGCCGGGCUCGGGCUCCGAGAAUGGCGACGGCGAGUCCUUUUCUGGGUCGCCCCUGACCCGGGCCUCCAAGGAGGCAGGAGGCAGCUGCCCUGGCAGCGCUGGCCCCGGAGGCGGCGGCGAGGAGGACAGCCCGGGCUCUGCCAGCCCUCUGGGCUCUGAAUCCGGUUCGGAGGCCGACAGAGAAGAGGCAGAGGCCCCGCCAGCGCCAGGGCUGGGCGGGGGCCCGGGUCCAAGGCAGCGGACGCCGCUGGAUAUCCUGACGCGCGUCUUCCCCGGCCACCGGCGAGGUGUCCUGGAGCUGGUGUUGCAGGGCUGCGGCGGCGACGUGGUGCAGGCCAUCGAGCAGGUGCUGAACCACCACCGCGGGGGCCUGGCGGCCGGCCUCGGCCCCACCGCGCCCUCUGAUAAGGCUGCAGUAGCAGCUGCGGACGACGGGUGGCUAAGCCGUGUCGACACUGCGGCCGCCGCCGCCGCCGCCGCCGCCGGGGGACCCGGGCUGUCAGCGCCGCUGCAGGCCGGCCCCGCCGCACCCCCACACCACAGACCUUUGCUAGCCGGCUCCAUGGCUCCCGGGACGCUGGGCUCGCUGAGCAGCCGCUCGGCCUUCUCCCCUUUGCAGCCCAACGCCAGUCACUUCGGCGCCGACGCUGGCGCCUACCCUCUGGGCGCGCCGCUGGGCCUCAGCCCCCUGCGCCUGGCCUACUCGGCAGCGGCGGCGCAUAGCCGCGGCCUGGCCUUCAUGGCUCCGUACUCCACCGCGGGCCUGGUGCCCACACUCGGCUUCCGCCCGCCCAUGGACUACGCCUUCAGCGAUCUCAUGCGCGACCGCUCUGCUGCCGCCGCCGCUGUACACAAGGAGCCGUCCUACGGCGGCGGCCUGUACGGGCCUAUGGUCAAUGGCGCCCCUGAGAAGCAGUAGGGUGAGGGGCCCGGCAGUUGGGCGGCCCCCAAGCAGGGACCCCAGCCUUGUCCCUGCGGGCCGCCGGCCCCUCUUCGCCCUGAGCGCGCUCUGCACCCCGGCUGGGGUCGUCUCGCUCCAAGGUGGUUUUCAGUUUUGUUUUUUGAAGGGUGGGUGGGAAGAGCUGAGCAAAGUGGAGCAGCUACAAACGCAGAUGUUCUCCGAGGAGGUGCGCGGCCCAGAUCUUCACCUCCCGACCCCCUCCUUAAGGCUCCCCAGCCCUUCCAAAAGUGACAAUUCUUGCGAAUUCAAAGGCUGCCCCGGAAGCGCACGCUCCUGCCUCUCGUUUAAGUUACGCCCAUCCCGCCCGCCCUUGCGCUUAAAUAAACGGCAGGAUAGUCUGAGUCUGUCUUCUGUGUCUCCCCCUCCUUUUAAAGAAUUUUAAAUAUUUGCUCUAACAAAUAUAAAUUUAGGAUGUAUAAAUCUCAUGGCACUGAGUCGAGUCUUUGGGACACACUUAUAUAUCGAUAUCAAUU